AACGACGCCGCACUCGACGAUCGGUCGUUCGCGGAUCCGGAGUGCUCGUUCGUCCGCUCCGACUUGGUCGGCGUGCAUUUGUGUCCCUGUGAAUUCACACACGACAUCAGCGUCGUCGGUGAAAAUCAGUGCACACUUGGAGGAGGAGUUGCAAUAAGGAUGUGGCGAGAUCCUCCAGGCGGAGGGUUUAAGAAACCCAUCCACGUCGUCGGCGUCGUCGCUAUGCUGCUGCUGCUAGCUGCUACCCUGGCAUUGACAACGGUUGUCGCGGCUGAAGAUGCAUCUAUGGGACCGGUGUUUGUCAAGGAACCCCCAAACCGGAUUGAUUUCUCAAACGGAACUGGAGCCGUCGUUGAAUGCCAGGCAAGAGGAAACCCACAACCGGAUAUCAUCUGGGUCCGCUCUGAUGGAACUGCUGUAGGAGACGUUCCCGGCUUGAGACAGGUUCUGCCAAACGGAAAUUUGGUGUUCCCUCCUUUCCGCGCCGAAGAUUACCGUCAGGAAGUUCACGCUCAGGUCUACAGCUGUUUGGCACGUUCCCCUGCAGGCUCAGUACACAGCCGUGAUGUCAACGUGAGAGCCGUUGUCGGGCAGCGGUAUGCAGUGAACGUGAUGGACGAACACGUCCUUCGGGGGAACGCCGCAAUUAUCAAGUGUCACAUACCGAGCUUCGUCGCCGAAUUCGUCGAGGUUGACUCUUGGAUCGAAGACGAGACCACUGAUAUAUAUCCUAGCGCCGAUUACGAUGGAAAGUACUUGGUGCUGCCGUCCGGAGAACUGCACAUCCGGGACGUCGGACCGGAAGACGGAUACAAGACCUACCAGUGUCGCACGAAGCACCGGCUCACCGGCGAAACUAGGCUAUCCGCGACGAAGGGACGUCUCGUCAUUACUGAACCGGUUACCAGUACGAAACCAAAAUUUCCAAUGACAGAAAAUUCUCGAACUUACACGACGUACACGGUGCAAUGCGAGCAACCUCUAACUUUACCAUGCCCAGCUCAAGCAUUUCCGGUACCGAAUUACAGGUAUAUAUAUAUCGAUAAAGAUUGUCUGAAUACGUACAAUAUAUAUUGGUCGAUGCGCUGUUACGGUACAGAAUAAGUGAUUGAGUAAACACGAGGGAAAGUGGAGCCAUUAAAGGGCAGCGAUCGAUUUUUCCUUCCGGCUUGAUCGCGCCCUUGUUAUUCAAAUUACAUUCAGAUCCCGCUUAAUUCCUGCCUGUCCUCGGGUUUCCUUCCGCGUAUAAAUUUAAUAAUCAUUAUUUUCUGUCUUUACUUAGGAUUAAUGAAUAUUUAAAAUACACAUUAAGAAUUAUAUGGAAUAUAAACAGGUAAAAUAUAACAUACUCUUUCGCGUUUUUGUGUCUCAAAGUUUUAAAGAGAAUAAAAAUGUUGAUUUUCUCACGUAUAAUUAUAUAACUUAUAAUAAUUUUUCUGUUUUCAAGAUAUAAAACAUUAUACCUAUUUUUUUUAAUAUAAAUUGAACAUUUUAGAGAAUAUUUUCUACUCUUCUUGUAUUUAAAAGUAUGAUUUUGUGAUACUUGAUCUUUCUUCUGGUUCUUUCACGGGAUACCCACAGUCCUAGCGUUCAGAAUGUAUCAUGUAAAAUCGAACA